AUGCUUUAUGUUAAUGAUCUUAUUAUGUUUGGGAAUGAUUCCGCUACAAUCACUACUUUUAAGCCAUACUCGAGGGACUGCUUCAAAAUGAAAGAUUUGGGCUCUUUGAAAUAUUUUCUUGGCAUUGAGGUUUCCCGGAGUGCUUCAGGUUUAUUUUUAUGUCAACGCAAAUACACUUUGGAUAUUAUCACUGAAGCAGGAUUAUCUGGAGCUAAACCUUGUGGAUUCCCAAUUGAGCAAAAUCAUCGUUUGAGUCUUGCAGAUGGCCCACUCCUCAAGGAUCCCGAGGCAUAUCGUCGCCUCGUAGGGCGGCUUGUUUACUUGGUUGUUACACGCCCUGAUCUUGCUUAUUCCGUACAUGUCUUGUCUCAAUUUUUGCAAGAACCCUGA